CGCCAGCGUUCCGCGCGCGUUCCAUCCCCGUUUUGCCCGCGUUCUGCCCGCGGCGCGCGCGUUGCGCGGGAGGGGCGAUGCGCGCGGCCCCGCGUUGCCUGCUGCCUGCGGCUGCCGGUGGCAGCGGGGAGGGGUGGAGGGAGCGCGCCUGUGCAGUGCCAGGAGGACGGGCUCAGCCCGCCGCCGCGUUACACAACCGCCCGCCGCAGUAGGCGAGUUUCACAAGUCCCGCCGCAGCUCGCCGGCAGCCCGGACCCACCUUGCGCGCCCCCUCCGCUCCGCGGCCAGCCCCGCCCGCGCCCAUGCCAUGUCUCCUCCGGGCAGCGGCACCCCGGGGCGGGCGGUAGCCCCUGGCGCCGGCAGGGCACCGCGCCGGGGCUGGGCAUGGCACUGAGGGCGGCUGCGGGACACGCAUCCUCCCGGACGGACUAAUUUUUCUCCGUCUCUAUUUAUAUGGUGAUAAGAAGUGCUAAUCCCACUCAGUCAGUCUGGACUGAUGAAUCUGAGGAGUAGAACAGGGACAUACAGGCCACAGGGAAGCCAAGUCUCAUUCCCUUCCUUUCCCUGGAUAAUGCCAGAGCCCUGUGUUGUGUAGACGAACUGAUGGAUGAAGAUGAGAAGGACAGGGCAAAGAGGGCAUCACGCAACAAAUCUGAGAAGAAAAGGAGAGACCAGUUCAAUGUCCUCAUUAAAGAGCUUUGCACAAUGCUGCAAGGCCAUGGGCACCCUCUCAAGAUGGACAAGUCCACAAUCCUGCAGAGGACCAUCGACUUCUUACAGAAGCAGAAAGAAAUCACAGCACAGACAGAAGCCUGUGAGAUUAGACAAGACUGGAAGCCUUCAUUUCUUAGCAACGAGGAAUUCACUCAGUUGAUGUUAGAGGCAUUAGAUGGAUUUCUCAUUGCUCUUACCACUGAUGGGAUUAUUAUUUAUGUAUCUGACAGUGUCUCGUCUCUGCUUGGACACUUACCGUCAGAUUUGGUGGACCAAAAUAUAUUAAACUUUCUGCCUGAGCGGGAGCAGAGUGAAGUGUACAAGCUCCUUUCUCCACACGUGCUCAUGACGGAUCCUGUUGCAGCUGAUUUUCUGAACGUGGAAAAACAAAUAGAGUUUUGCUGCCAUUUAGCAAGAGGCAGCUUAGAUCCAAAUGAACCCCUGACAUAUGAAUAUGUGAAAUUUGUAGUGGAUUUUAAAUAUUUUACUCAUGUGCCUACACCCUCCUGUAAUGGCUUUGAGUCAGCUAUUGCACGAGCUUUCAGGUCAGCCACGGAGGAGCAGAUUUGCCUCGUAGCAACUGUUCGUCUUGUCACACCGCAGUUCUUAAAGGAGCUCUGCAAUGUUGAAGAGCCAUGUGAAGAAUUUACUUCAAGGCAUAGUUUGGAAUGGAAGUUUUUAUUCUUGGACCACAGGGCUCCACCUAUCAUAGGAUACCUACCCUUUGAGGUCCUGGGAACGUCAGGGUAUGACUACUACCACGCAGAUGACCUGGAGCUUCUUGCUAGGUGCCAUGAACACUUGAUGCAGUUUGGAAAAGGCAAGUCCUGCUACUACCGGUUCCUGACCAAAGGGCAGCAGUGGAUCUGGCUGCAGACACACUACUACAUCACCUACCACCAGUGGAACUCCAAGCCCGAGUUCAUCGUGUGCACCCACCUCGUGGUUAGUUAUGCAGAAGUUCGAGCUGAAAGAAGGCGAGAUCUUGGCCUUGAAGAGUCAUCAAUUGAACUGGCAUCUUCCUCUUUAAAGAGCCACGGCAGCUACCUGGACAUGAGGCAGUGCGGGAACAGCCAGGAGACGAGCCGAGAAGGAGUGUCGCUCUCGUCCCACAGCUCCCGGCGCUCCUCGCACACGGCGCUCUCCGACUCUGCGUCCACAUCGUCAAUGCGACACACAGACACCAGCACUCCCACCAGGCCAUCGGUGCCAAUGGGUCAAUCGGAGAAGGCAGCCUUGCGACUGGCAUCAAGUGGAAGCACUCAGGCCAUAGCAACUCCUCAAGCCCCUGUUGACCACCUCAGUCAGCAUCCUGUGGCUCAGCCGGCAGUUCCCUCUCAGCAAGCUGUGAUGCCAGUGUACCACUUCCCCGCGCAGCUGGGGAUGAUGCAUCAGCUGAAGGAGCAGCUGGAAGAGAGGACUCGCAUACUGCAGGCUGACAUCAAGACGCAGCAAGAGGAGCUGCACGUCAUCAAGGAGCAGCUCCAGCUAGUGCAGGACUCCAACCUGCAGAUGUUGAUGCAGCAACCGAUACCCUUAGUCUUUAACAACGUGCCGCACCAGAGUCCAAGAAGGCCGUCGCAGCAGCAGCAGCCUGGGACAACCAGGCAAAGCACAGCCAAGAAGUCGCAGCAGCAAGGCCUUACUGGGACAAAACACUACUGUGGCCCUCACUUACCGUCCCCACGCCAAUUCCUCAGGGAACCUGGUGGCCCUUCCUCCCAGGUGCAGCAGCAGCAGCAGCAGCACCCGAUGCGAGGAAGCCAAGGCCAGCAAACGUGUCUGCCGGCACAGACGAGCAUUUCAAUGCCCCUCUACAACAACCCCGUGGUAUUUUCACAAGCGCAUCCCAUUACCGUGUCUGCGCAGAUGCCGACGGAAGUCAGCGAAAGGCAGCAGCAGGCUGACUACAGCCAGGACAGGAGCCUGAGGUUCGUCCCAGAGCAGCAGAUCUUGCCUCCCCCAAUACAGAUGCAGACGAUUACCUGCAGCACAGUCCGACCUCCAGCCCCGUCGCCCGUUUUCUCCCCGUCGCUGAUGAUCCCGCACACCAGUUUCACUUCCCACCAGACGAGCACCCCAGUUCAUCUCCACCAGUGGCCACAGCAACAAGUUCAGCAGCAUCGCCUCUACCUUCAGAUGCAAGGUCCCGAGUCAGUGCCAGGGGGGCCGAAUCAGCGUGUUUUCCAGCCAUCUCACACCCCACAGCAGAGUCCCAUGGGCUACUUCGUGCACCCGCAGCAGCCGAGCCGCCACGCGCAGGGCCAGCCCUGCAGCCUGCCCGACCUGCCGGAGAUGCAGCUGCCGUGAGCGCCAGGACGGGACGGGACGGGACGGCAGCAGGACCUGGGCCGCAGCAGCCGGGCGCCCGGGCGCGGGCCAGGGCAGGGACGGCGCCAGCGGAGGAGGAGCGGACCCGCGGCAAAGGGGGCCGGAGGGAAGGUCCGCAGGAGGGCUUGGGGCAUCAGCGUUUCCACGCGGCCGGCCCUUGGCACUGCGGCGGCUGCCGAGCCGAGCCGGGACCCCUUGGACGGCAGGAGCACGGCGCGCGGGAGGCUUCGGCCGUGAGUAGCUGCAGCCCCUGUCUGUGUCUGUCCUGGAGGGAGGGCGGCGUAAUCUGAAGUGCUAAAAGCCUGCAGGGGCGAGCGGUGACUAGUGGUGGCCCGCCGCCGCCAGAGCCGUCUGCAGAGGCGGCUGCGAGCUGGGUGAGCAGGAGCGGGCGAGGGAGGGAACGGCUCCCCGCGAGCCCCCGGGCGCCCUGCGAGCCCCCGCGCGGUGCCGCUCCGCCGGACGGGGCGCGGGGCACCGCUCGCUGCAGGGGGGGGAUGACCAGGGCGCCCGGACGCGCUCGCUGCAACUGGGACGAGCGCUUUCGGUUCAGGCCCUCCGUGCUGCGAGUCACUGUGAACUGCCGAGCAGCGUCGGGGGGGGGACACGCGCGCGGUGCCCCUCGGCACGGUACCACUCGAGUCACGUGUACAUAGCUCAUCUGGUGUAGUAGCUCCAGCGUGGAUUUUAUUUUCCUUUUUUUCUAUACCUCAAGCCCACAUUUUUUUGUUUUCCAGAAGAUUGGAUAAUGCUGCUAACUCACAUAACAUCACUUCUGCCUGAAUUUCUUACUCUUGUUAUACCAGCUCACGUCACAACUAGUAAGAUAGCUGUCACGUUUCAUUUUGGGUAACAAGUGCAGAUAAAUUUAUAUAUGUUUUAAUUCCCUGUAGCCAAAUUUUUUUUUCAGGUUACAGACAAAGAUUCCUUGCUCUCACUUUGUUGUUCUUUUGUUUCAAGUGGGUAUCACUGUACAUGUUUCAUUACAACUAAAAAGAACAAAAAAAACACGAUAUGACAGCAAACUUUGUGGUUUUGCUAGGUCAUGUUUCAAUUCGACAAACGUAAAACUUAUACUCACAAUGACGCAAGUGAUGUUACAAGCCCAUAGGGGCAGCAAUAAAUUGUAUUUUUGUAAAUUGUCACUUUUUAACUAUAUAUGUUUAUAUUUAUGAAUUCAAAAAAAACAAAGCUUAUUCCUCAGUGGGU